AUGGUGCGGCCGGCUUUGACUUGUGCUCUGCUUCUGGCGCUUGCCUGCGCGGCGGCGGCGGGCGGCGCGUCCCCAAACUGUACCCGCCGACGACUCGUCGACGACGCGUCAGUUGCUGAGCGUGAAUCGGCGCAGCAUCUGAGGAGCUGGCGCCGGCUCACGUGGCGCUGGCUGACCGGCGGCGAUGGUGGCGACGAGCGGCUCGGCGGUGAUGGUGGCGACGAGCGGAUCGGUGACGAGCGGCGGCGGCUGGGCUCUGCCUCGGACGACCCGUGCGGCGACCACAGCGGUCACCACAUUCCGUUCACGUUCAACGAUGUCGAGCAGUUUGCGCUCUUCUACAUUGCGCUGUGGGCGUGCGGGAAGCUGGCCGAGGCGCUGUGGCUGCCUAGCCUGGCCGGCGAGCUCCUCUGCGGGAUGGUGCUCGGCCCGCGCCUCUCCUCCUUCGUGCCGAAGCCCGACGCGGUCAUGAUGAUCGGCCAGGUCGGCCUCGUCCUGGAGAUGGUCUCGUGUGGCCUUGAGGCCGACGUGCUGUCGACCUCGACAUGCUCGUCGCGUACGGGCCGCGAGCGCUGCCUCGCCACCGCAGUCGGCCUCUCGGCCGAAGCAGCGUACGUCGUCGCCAUCGCGGCGAUGCCAACCGCCGUCGGCGUGGCGACCAAGGUGAUGAACAUGGGGCAUGUGCUCAACACGCCCCUCGGCCAGCUCGUCCUGCUCGCCGCAGAGCGUACAGGCCAGCUUGUCCUGCUCGCCACUGUUGUCGACGACAUCAUCGCCUUCAUCAACCUCGGCGAGCUCAAGGCGCUCGCCGACCCCUGCGCCGCACCUCGGGGGCGUGUGCUCGCCGACCCGGAUCUCGGGGGCGUGAGCUACUUGUGGCCGGUGCUCUCGUCGGUCCUCCUGCUGGCGGGGGUCGGCUGGCUCGCGGUGGACGUUGUGCCGCGCCUCGUCGAGUCGAAGCUGCUGCCGCGCGUGCAGCAGCGCCACCACGACGUCGUCCUCACCUCGCUGCUCUGCGCGAUGGCGGUCGGCCUGAUGGCGGUCUGCCACCGGACGAAGACCUUCCCCCUCCUCGGCGCCUUCCUCGCCGGCCUCUCCUUUUGCAGCAUCGCCCCAGUCCACCACGUGUGGGCGCACCAAGUCAAGCGCAUCCAGUACUCGCUCCUCCGACUCUUCUACGGCGCCACCAUCGCCUUCGAGGUGCCCGUUGCCACGAUGUGGACGGGCAGGAUUAUCGGCCGCGGCGCCCUCUUCUUCCUCGCCAUCGCCGGCAAGCCGCCGCCACUGUCCCACUGCAAGUUCGCCACCGGCUUCACGGUCAGCCACUACUCGGCGCACCACCGCUCGCACGACUUGCAAAACUUCCUCCGCGCCGGCUUCGCCAUGGCCGUCUGGGGCGGGACCUCGAGACCUCGCGAGCAGGCCUCCUCUCCUCCGCCAGAUUCACUUGGCGCCACUGGUCGACAACGUCAUCGACGAGGACACCUUCGGGCGGACCGGGCGCGGAACUGGGCCAUCGAGAAGGAGCUCGCCGUGGAGGACGAGGAGGGAGGGGGCGACACGCGGUACCCGCACUUCGUCUACUACACGCUCGACAUCUCGUGCGCGGCAAAGUUCGGCCUCCUGUCGAAGCUGGUCAACGUGGCCGUCGAACACGACCUCGAGGUGAUCGAUUUCCGCGUGCACGGCGCGCACGUCAAGGGCGGGCACGACGUCGUCUACGAGUUUUACCUCAAGGACGCCCUGCUCCUCGCGCACAUCGACGACGCCUACCGCGAGCGGGCGGGCACGGCCAUGAGCACCCCCACGCCGACCACGCUCGACGUGCUCGACACGGCGCGCGAGCGAGCGCACAGCUUCCUCGGGCUCGGACACAACGGCCGCCCGCCCCCAUGCCCCCGGGCCCACUGCUCGAAUGGCCCACUCACAAGAGCCGCCUGCUUCCUCGUGUGCAUAGGCCGCCCCGCCUCCUUCCCCGAGCCGAGCCCCAACGGACGGCACGUCGGCCCCGCAGCGGGCAAGGCGGGGCGCAGCAGCCGCUCCGCCUCUUUCCUCGGCCUCUGCCGCACCGACCGCCGCUGCGCUGCACGUGCGGCCCUGAUGCUGGACCGAGUACACAGCCGCGUCUCGCGCGCGAGGGCACACGCGGCGAUUGGCCACCCGUCCCCCUCAGCCACGCAGCUGGCGCUGACUUCGGUGAACUUGGGGCCGGCGCACAGCGGCUAG